GCGUCCCGCUUCCAAACUUUCCAGAAACGCUGCAGUGGAGUGAAGUGCGGGACGGCCUGCCAUGCGGGGACUGUAGCGCGCUCCGGAUCGCGUGUCUUUUCGGGUAUACGAGCCAUGGCUCCGUUUGGCAAAAACUUCCUGAAGGCUCGAAUGAAAAACAGGACAAAAGAUCCCGAGCCUGUGGUUGGAAAGGAGAUUCAAGUUACCGUCUGCAAUGAGGAGAAGGUUGUCUGUGGAGUAACCAAGCACACAACGUGUGCAGAUGUGAUUCAGGCUUUACUAGAGGAUCACAAAUCUGUCCCAGAGAGUAAGCUGCUUCUUCAUGGGGAGCCCAAAGACUUCUGUCUGAUUGAGCGGUGGAAGGGCUUUGAGAGAGCGCUGCCUCCUCUAACCAGGAUCCUUAGACUCUGGUAUGCAUGGGGUGACCAGAGACCAUUUAUACAGUUCAUCCUGGUGAAAACAAGUGACUUUGUGCCUCAGCCUGCCAAGAAGGGUUUAAAGGCAAAAGGAGCCAAGCCCAAACGAUGCGAAUAUGGUCGCACGCAGUAUGCCCAGCCCCUGCCGGCAGAGAAGCAGAAACGCAUGGUGAAGAAAGCUUUCCGGAAACUCGAGAAACUACACAAGGAGAACAGGGGUUUCCUGGGCACGGAAGAGAUCGAUCGGAUGGUGCAGCUUAUUUUGCACCAGGACCACAUAAUCAGAGAGCAGUUCCAGCGAAUAAGAGAGCUGGAUCUGGAGAUCGAGCGCAUUGAGCUGCAAGAACAAAAGGAAGCCGACUCCUACAGUUUAGGGUCGCAGACUUCUGGACCGGACUCAGCAACUCAGAGGGAGGAGCAGCUCAUGGAGUUUUUGCUUACCAAUGAUGGAGUUCAGGAACUGGAAUUACAAGUUGAGAGGCAUCGGGAGCUCAUCCUUCAGCUUUCCCAGGAAAUUGACACAGAGUUAAGGAAAGCGGACCUACCUUUGGUUCAAGACAAGGAUCGGGAGCAGACAGGAGCUGCAACAGCCUCUGAGUUCCCCACUGAAGCUGGAAAUGAGCCUUACAUUUCUGAACUGGAUAGAUUAAAAGAUGAAAUGCAAGAUAGCAUAAUAAAUGGAGUGAGUCUUCAUAACCAGACUGCAGAAAUAGAGAAGCAGCUAAUGUAUUUUGACAGUGCAUUGAUGGCCAAAGACCAGGAGUGCUGGCAGUUGGCCACCCAACUGAACUUGCUGCAAAUCAUAGACUGCAUAGAGGAAAAGCAGCCCGUAUCUAUCCCUCUGAACAGUGAGGGUCAAUGCAGCUUGUCCCAGGCCAUGAAAGUCAAACAGAGCCUGUUGCCUGUGGAUGUUACCGACACAGACUCAGACACUGGGAUUAGCUCCACACACAGCCAGGACUCGCUGUCACCGUGUCUCGACUUCCCUCCCCCGCUGGACACGGACGUUUGAAGCAGCCGGUCAACCCCUCUCCUUUUGUUCCACUAGCCUCUCACAUGUCAUGCUGUCAUCUGACACAAAGACAAAAUGAUCUACCAACAUGGUGGCUAAAUGUAACAUGUUACUUCUAAAUCUAAACCACUUCUGUUUUUUUUCCGUUUUUAAAAAUUCAAGUAUAUAUAGGAUAUUGCCUUUUUACUAGCUUCAAAAACCGGCAUUGAUUGAAAAGGCUUGAGAACGAUCACCUUGAAUUAACAAAUCUCAUCUAUUGUUUGAAAGAAAAAAAACAGGCUUUAAAGUAUUUAAAAGACAUGUUCCAAGUUACACAAAUACCACAGUGAUGACACAAACAGGACAACCCAAGUAAUUCCUAAGUCACAACUGCUGUUAGAGGCUGUCUGCAACCGAAAAAUGGGCAAACAUUUGCAGGGCAUGCACAACAUUUUAGGAUCAUAAACCACCCACUGGUCUAUGAUCUAUGAAAACUUUGUAAGAUCUUCAUACAAAGUUUUUUCUACAGGCAUGCUGCGAGUGACAGGUUGUAACAAACACUUUAACAGGUAAGGGGAAGUAAUGGUGAAGUAGGGUUUUACCACAGCUGUGCACUGUGCAUGGGGCUCUUUAGGGCUGUUCAGGUGAUAACUGCGAGCUUCGUGUGUGCAGCCUGACUGUUACAAAUUAGGGAAUUGGACAAUCAGACUGUAGUUUGCGUGGGCAUCCUACAGGAACUAACACAUCAUGUGCACACCUUGUGCGUGCAGCAUUUGUGCGCGGUCACCAAGGAGUCAGUAAUCACACCUCACUAGUAUCAAGAGUGUGGCACCUUACGUCAUCACCCGUACGUCAUUAGUGUGUGUAACAAGUACUUCAUGAUACACUUCGCACACACACGCCAAUCGUACGUUCCAUAAGGUGCCCAUACGAGCUUCAAAGGAACUGCAAGACACACCUUUAACGCUUUAACACCGGAGAUGUCACCGUUGACAUCUAAAUAACACACAUUCUUUAUGAUGAUAAGGUGUUGCAUAACAACGCUUUUCUCUGCAACGGAAUCAGAUGAUUUAUGUUGAUUGCGUAAACACUUCACAACUGUAAAGUGUUGCAAAUCAGCCCAAGGCUGCUUUUCUUUUGUUUCAGAAUCUGCUUGAAUUGCAUUAAUUGCGUAAAUGAGAGAAAAGUUACGGUAGUCGAAAGAAUGUAAACACUGGAUCUAAGGCUGUAUUGCAAAAGGCUCCUCUCUGUGACCCUCUACAGGCCUGGACAACCCAUAAACCCGCAGCACCCAUAGGGGUCAAAGACCCGUACAAGUUCUUGGCGCAUUCUUUAUGAAACCUUUUUAUGAUUCCAAUAAUUAGAAGAUGUUGAGAUAUUUUCAUCAAACAUCUGGUGUUAGGUCCUCCCAUCUUGCCAGAAAACAUGCUGGGCAGCUUAAGGUCGUGCCACACAGCCACUACGUACAUUUUGUGCAUUUUCCACAUCUGAAAUAUUGGUCUUUCAUGAUAUUUUCGUGAUAUACAUAAUUUAUAAGUAGUUCUUGUGUUCGGCAUUUGUCGAUGUGCCCAGAUGUCCGCUGAAGGUUUCAGCCGACGGGUCUUUACGUCAAUUCCAUUUUGAGCUGUUCAGCAUUUUUGGUCAGUUGAGAUUUAUGCUGUUAAUGUGUAUUUUUACGUAGUUCCUACGCAAUUAUUAUGUAAAUCUAAUGCAAUUGUGCGUAAUUUUUGCAAAAUCCAUGUGCAAAUUAAUGGCUUUUCACGACGCAUGUCUAACUGACUUUUCACGCAUGUAGUUUAUUCGUACUUCCGUGGUUUUAACAAGGUUUAUUCAUGACACAUCUGCAAAACAUUCACAUAAAAUCCCCAACUUUUGUCACCUUUUCCACAUAUCUUCAUGAAUUUCCAGUUUAUAUCCAUGCAAUAUGCACAAAAUGUACUGGAUAUAGAGGCUGUGUGACACGGCCUUUACACAGAAAUGAUUAGCUACUUCCUGUCUGAUGGCAUUCUGUCUUGAAGCUUCAAUGCAGCGUCUUUGGACACAACCCAGUAUUUAACCAUUUUGUCAGCAACCAAGUCCCUCUUUGGCAAAUGUGGAACCUCUAUUUUUUGUUCCUGUUCCACAUUAAAUUCAGUCAUGAACCACUGUGUGAAUUUUGUCUAGAAUUUUUUUUUUUUUUUUAUCUUCUGUACUAUCUUCUGUACAUACCCUGUACUACUGAUGUAAGAAUGGCAGCUAUUUUCUCUGUGGUCAAACAUCAAUGUUUAACUUUCUAUGUCAAGCCUUUCAGCUGCCUUUUGUAACCUGAACUAGGGUGUUUCAUCCCUUUUAAAGUUGAAGGUAUGCUUUUUGCUUUUCCUUUAGUUCUCAAGCAAACUAUGCAGCAGCACUUCUUUGUAGACAUUUGAUAAGAAAUAGCUUUACUUGUUUGUUUGUUUAAAUUAUAGAAUUUAUUGUAAAACAUGAUCAAUUUAGAAAAGAUUUUCGGUAAUGUAAAUACAAUGCAAUGUUAAUAUAACUGAAAUGUUUGGAACAAUUUUGUCAAAAAGAUAUUUAUUUUUGUAAAACUGUACUUUACACAUAUUAACACGACAAUAUUAUAAAUGAGCACUAAAUGUUCUGAGUCACCUGAAUCAGUACGAAGGAUGUGUUUUUUGGUUUUUCCACCCUUAUUCUCAUAAAUACAUGGAAUAAUAUUAUGAGAUGUGUAUUCUAACUUUCAUAAUAAAGGCUAACAUAAAAUAUUUGUAAAA